AUGUCUACCGAGCCCCGAUUCCAAGACCUCCACAAGGAAUUGUUCAACGAAGGCCUUAAGGUCCGGCGUGCGGUUGUGGGGGAUCAAUAUGUCGACCGAGCCCUCACUAACGGCUCGACGGAGUUCUCUCGCGCUGGGCAAGAACUCGUGACAGAGUGGUGCUGGGGUUAUGCCUGGACAAGGCCUGGACUUGAGAAACGCGAUCGCAGUCUUCUCAAUAUUGGCAUGCUGAUGGCCCUGAACCGCGGGCCCGAACUUGCAGUCCACAUCCGAGGUGCCCGAAACAACGGGCUGAGCGAGUUGGAAAUCAGGGAAGCCAUCAUUCACGCUACUACCUAUUGUGGUGUCCCAGCUGGUGUUGAAGCCAUGAAGAUUGCUGAGAAAACUUUGAACGAAAUGGCGGAAAAAGGAGAAAAGGCACGCGAGUUAGGGGGAAAGCUUCCAUUUAAUCCACCUUGGAUCAAAUGGAUAGAAAGCAGGCGCGUUGCUCGGAAAAACUAG